AUGGCCAGUUCUAGGUCCGGGAUAGAUUCAAAGGUGUCCCUGUUGGCAGACGAUGUAAAUCUAAUGAUGAGAAUGCAGGUGGACGAGGAUCAGGUGACAAACAGCCUUAAUGACCCUCCUGUAGUUAAUGGCCUUCAAACAUCAUAUAUCACCCAUGCAUCUCUUCACUCCCUUAAUACCACAGGUGUACCAUUAAAUAGUGCAAAAUUAAACCUUAUUUUGACUCUGGUUUUCUUUACUCAGGAUGUAUACAUUGGAGGAGAGACACUUCAAGAGGAUCUACAGACUCGGGAUGAACUUAAAGCUUAUAUAACCACAAACACCGGAGUCUUAACACUUCCUCACUCUCCUCGGAACACUAUAAUUACAGCAAAAUAUGUGACAUCAACGGACCAUCAACACUGGACAAAUAUUAUCGUAGAUGAGAAAUUUAUCGAGGAGAGAGAGGAGGUGUAUAAGAAGAGGACAGCUCGCGUGAAGCAAGUGUGCGACAAGUUGGCAGGACGGGUGUCAUACGGCUCAGUGACUGCUGCGCCCUUACACAGACUUCGAUGGCUCACCUCCCACAAGAUGAUCAUGUGUUUCAACGCCAAGGUAGGCACCACAACAUGGACCAAGUACAUGAUGGAGGCGGCAUUCCCCGGGCACCUGAACAACGCCUCCAACUGGCACUACACGGCUCAGGCACUCCUUAAACCACCCUUCCGGCGAGCAAGCAACAAGGCGCUAGCUCUCAUGGGCAAGUUUGAUAAGGUGAUGCUGGUUCGACACCCGUUCGCUCGUCUCGUCUCAGCCUACAUCGACAAGGUUGCCACGGGCAAGUUUGCCAACCUGUGUCGUCACAUCGUCAACAAGUAUCGUCCCGACAAUUCACCGCUCACUACCCGACAGCCGAGCUUCAAGGAGUUCGUACAGUACCUGGUGGAGACCAUACCCGCCCGAGGCGUCAUCAGGAACAAGAAAGCCUAUAUAACGGACCGUCACUGGCGUCAUUACUACGCUAACUGCGCUGUCUGUGAUAUCCACUACAAUGUAAUUGGUACCAUGGAGACAAUGACCGAAGAUACAAGGUACAUGGUGCACAAGUACCGUCUGGGUGUGAGUGACCACCUGUGGAUGAACCACCUGUCCACCACCUCCGAGGAGGCUGCACUCCGCCUCUUCCAGACAGUUCCUGAGACACUGACGAUGAAGUUGUACCAGCGAUACCAAGUUGACUUUUUGAUGUUUGGUUAUGAUGUACAGCCUUACCUCCCCUCCCUCCCUCACUCUCCCUCAUGAUCUUACCUCCCCUCCCUCCCUCCCUCACUCCCUCAUGAUCUUACCUCCCUCAUGAUCUUACCUCCCCUCUCUCCCUCAUGAUCUUACCUCCCCUCUCUCCCUCAUGA